AGAAUACGAACCAGGCUAUGAUCCUACACUUCAAACAAGACGCCGUAUAACUCGAACCUCGUCAAGCAUAAUAGACCUGCAGCUUACAGAUUACUUGAGCAGUGAAGAUGCACAAGAUUUUCGCUUUGUUGUUUUUAGCCAUUGCUAGCACUCAAGUGCUGGUUGAGGGCAAAUGGAAAUGUUCUGAAUGUAAAAUCCAGUAUAAAGCUGUUGGUUGUUUCAAAGAUGACGGUCAGAGACCCCUCCCCCGUGAGAUCCUCAAUGAACGAGAUGUAACCAGUAAAGUGUUUGGUCACCGCAUGAUUGACUGGUACGAUUGGGAUAACUAUAUUGCUGGGUUUGCUUGUAGAUGUGCUGCUAAAGCUAAAAGUCUUGGUUACAAGGUUUUUGGUCUACAGUUCUUUGGUGAGUGUUGGAGUGGCCCGGAUGCUAAAAGUUACAAAGCAGUUGGCAAGGCGGAUAAUAAGAAAUGUACUGGAAAUGAAUACAAGACAUGCUCUCCUUUCAGUAGACACUGUGUUGGACAACAGUUCACUAACUUUAUCUAUGAGAUCGUUCCCGAUUGCGAUAUCCCAAUCGAGAGCCUUGGUUGCUAUAGUGAUCGCCACAUUAAAGGAGCACGACCAUUCCCAAAUUACGUCUUGACAGAUCGAGUCGACUCCACCAGAGGCGACAUCUUCACACAUGUCCUUUUGGACUGGCGUAACUGGGAUACUUACAUGCCUCAACUAGCCUGCCGAUGUGCCAAGAAAGCCAAGUCACUUGGACAUACCACGUUCGGCGUUCAGUAUUAUGGUGAAUGUUGGACAGGCAACAAUGCCGACUAUACGUAUGAUCGUGAUAAAUCGUCUAAGAACUGUAUCGACAAGUGUUAUGAACCUUGUAAACCCUACGAAAAAUAUUGCUCUGGAAAACAGUUCGCUAACUACGUCUAUCGCCUCUCUGGUCCAGAAGUGCCUUGUGAACUUAAUACAACUCCUCUCGGAUGCUUUGCUGAGAACCCAUCUUCAAGAGCGCUGGGUGUUGAGAUACAGAACGAGAUCGAUCCUACGAGCAGGGUCUUCAGAGGAAACGUAUUUGAGAUUAAAGAAUGGGACAAACAGUUUCCUAGUCUACUGUGUCGGUGUGCUCGGGCUGCAAAACAGAAAGGAUUUUCAGUUUUUGGAGUCUAUAAUAAUGCCACUUGCUGGGGAGGACCUGAUGGUCACUCAACGUACAACAAACACGGCGAGUCAAGCCAGUGCAUCAAAGGCACUGAACCGUGUCCAGGAAACUCUGUCAAGUGUGCUGGUGGAGACAAGUCUAUCUUUGUCUACAAAGUCUCCAGACCACAUUCCAAGAGGUCGUUCGAUUCCCAUUUCAAGAAAGAAGACACUAUGAUAGAUGAUCUUUUCGGCAAGAUCUAAGUACUCGUCAAGUUAACUAAAAUAUUUUCCUGCUGCAGCCUGGAAUAGAAUAUUUGUUAAUGAACCUUAACCUAGUGUCACGUGAUUUUAUGAUCGUUCGAUUUGCUGUCAUAUUGUGCAAGAAUCCACUCAGUCAUCGACUAUAGUUUUCACUUAUGAUUCAAUAUUUGGCUACCGUAGUGUAAAAUUUGAUACGUUACAGGGUGUGAUGCGUGACUUUAUCAACGCAAUUCUGUCACGCAUUUUUAAAGCAGUAGAAGUAGGGAAUUUUAUUUAAAGCAAUACGUUUUAAAUUUAGAAGAUGAUGGUUAACAUCAUUUUGAUGAUUACUGGUAUUGAAAAACUAAAGUUUCAAUAUAAACAUGAUUUUCGACCUUCGCGAUUUGGCCGCCAUGUUUGUGUCCCUCAAUGAAAUACCAAGAUGGCGGAUGGCGGAUCCAUAAUUUCAUCUCAAUUAUGAGUAUAAUCAAUCGCUUGUAUCUCCGUAUCUAAAGCUUCUUUUAACUAGUUCUUCCGUUGAGAUGCUUGGUUUUCGUUUCUCUUUUGGCUUAUAGAAGUUUUGUUCUAUAUAAGUCCUGAUAACAAUAUUCGAUGACGUAGGUGAAGCCAAGAAUAUAAUGUGUGUUGUUCAAGUUUAUGCCCCCCGAAGAAUUAGGGCUCGCCCAUACGUAUCCGAAUAAUUUUUAAAACGUUUUUUGUGUUUGUGUGUGAACUGGCCUUCCGUCCACACCUAUCCGAAGUAUACGCCACUUUGAAGCUCCACUUGUCGCGAACGCAUACGUGUGGACGGGUGAAAAUUAUUCGAAAACGCUUAGAAAAUAUUCAAAUAGUUGGAAGGUUAAGUGCUCAAGUUGCAAGUGGCAACUGUUUCGCGCCACUCUGACGGUAAUUAACGGGGAUCAGUAAAAUCACGUGACGCCUAACUAAACAGGUGCAUGGCAUAAUUCGUAAUUGGGACUAUUUCAUCUGUAUUCAGCUAAAAUAAGUAAAAAUAAAAAGUUGUAGAUCUUUUUUAUUGGUGAACUGUUCGAUGUCAUUCUUGAGUGCUACAUCGAGAGAUAACAAUUUCAAUAUAUAUAGAACUAAACAAUGUAAAACUUCGUAGACUUAUAAUACAAGUAAUACUUGUAUAAUAUGGCAUAAAAUGGUCAUUCAACUUAA